UGUGUGUGUUGGUGUGUGUUGGUGUGUGUGGUGUGUUUGGUGUGUGGUGUGUGUGGUGUGUUUGGUGUGUUGGCGAGCCGGGCUCCUGCCCGCGAUGUCGGAGCGGGACGGGUGGCCCUUGCAGGGCGCCAUGAGGAUGGUGAAAGCGGCCGUGCAGCUCGACGCCGAGGGGAGAGCCCUGGAUGCGUACCGCGCCUACCUCUCCAGCAUCGCCCACGUUAGCCAGGCACUGCUCACCGUUGCUGAAGAGAGACCGGCAGCCAAUGGGGCCACUGCUGGCCUCUCUGCCCUGGAGGACAAGCUGCUGAGGCUGGUGGAGCACAGCGUGGAGCGUGCACGGGCGACAGGCACAAGUCUGCCGGCGCAGCGUGACCACUGUACCGAUGGGUGCAGAGACGUGCACGUGGCUGGCAGCGCAGGAGAACGCGGCGCAGACGCGGAUGGUGGCUGCCCUCCCAGCGUGAAGACUGCGGCACAGCCAGGCCCGGAGUCCACAGUUGAGGGCGACCGGCCGCUGCCCAAGCCUUGGACGAACAUCCCCUGUGCCUUCCCCUCCCCGACGCUCUUCCAGAAACAGCAGCAGGAAGCAUCGGUCUCCUUUAAGAGGAAGUUGGGCCCGGUAGAGGAGGCACGUGUGCAGAACAUGAAGCUGAUGGCGGCAUACCGCGCACGCAUGUCUCGACUCGACCCACGGCACGCGUCCGCCAAGACUGCGCUCAACCUGAGCUUGGAGCGGCGAAUGAUGGAGAAUCUUCUCAUUGCCAAGGCGCAGGAGACCGCCCUGCAGCGGAAGAUGGUGGAGCGAAGACAGAGGCUGAGGGAGGAGGCUGACAGGCGCCUCUCCCAGAAUGCCGCACCAUCGGCCACGGAGCCGGAGCGACGCAGCGUGUUGGCCCGCGUGCUGGAGUACGAGCAGGACAACGAGUGGCCGAGACAGUGGAAGGCUCGGCUCAGGGAGCGCCCGGACGACUCCACGCUUGUCUCGGCUCUCAUCUCCACGCUGCUCAGCUGCGGGGAGCACCCCCUGACUCAGCUGCUGCAGGAGCAGCAGCUGAGAGUCUACAAGAAGCUGCACCCCCUUGUGAGCAAAUCCACCCAGGGGCAACUCGGGGACGGCGGCGACGGUGGCAGUGGCAGCGGUGGCAGCGGCACCCCGGAGGCAGCAGCAGCAGCGCCAGCGCCCAGUGCCCUCUCUCCCCUCGGCCCAGACGUGGCUUCGCACGGCGCGGAUUGUGGGAUAACGGAGAGAACCAAGCGGGCCGAUGACGGCCACGCAGUCGUGGUGCAGAAGUUGGCACCAGAGUCUUGGGAAGAGAGACCGAGCGUCAAGGCAGGCUGGGAAGCGUCCCCAGACUCCCGCGUGGAAGACGUCCGAGGAGUGUCCAGAGACGGCUCCUUCGAGGAGCUGGGUGUGGAGCUGACCGGGCGUGAGGGCGAGCUGCUUCGUGGCGGCGACGAGGAGGGGGGGAGGGGGAAUGCGGCCCUGCGCUUCAUGGAGGAGCAAGCAUUGCGAGAGCACCUGAAAAUCAUCGUCAACGAUGUGCACACCUGCAUGGACUCUCUGCUGGAGCUGUGCGUCCUGGCGUUCGAGCAGCUGGAGUCUCCUGCGGGGCGGGAUCAGUGCCUGGCGAGCCUGGAGGAGGCCUUCUUCAAGCCCCUGUGGCCCCCCCUCCUCGCCCUCUUCAGGAUGGUUCACGGCGAGGAGGAGCGGGCGCUGGCGACGUGGAUGGCGGCGUACGCCCUCGCGACGCCCGGGGACCUCGGGGUGCCCCCCGAGCUGCGGCUCGUGCCGGGCUCCGGCCGCCCGGGUGGCCCCCGCGACGCCGCCGCGACCGACCUCUCCUCGGAGGGCGACGGCCGAGUUGAUUUCCCGUACGGCGCCGCGGUGGAGGAGCUGAGGAACCUCGCCCAGCACUGCUGUCCGCAGCGCAAACUCGACUGCAUCGUGCGGACCACGAGGCAGGUGUGUGAGUGCGUGGAGAGCUUCUACGAGCACCAGGAAGCUGGCUUGAGUCCACCCUCAAUUGGGGCGGACGAUCUGCUGCCCAUCCUCGCGUUCGUGGUACUGCGGAGUCAGCUGCCCCAGCUCAUCUCCGAGUGCGCCGCUCUCGAAGAGUUCAUCCACGAAGGAUACCUGAUGGGGGAGGAGGGCUACUGCCUCACAUCCGUGCAGACGGCGCUCAACUCGGUGACAUCUCUUCCCAUACCUUGCGGACAGACGCCAACGUAGCGCCACCUCCUCACAGUCGCGGAUCCACGCCUCGGCACUGUCUCUCCUCGGGGCCGCCGCCGCCGCCACCGCCACCAAACACCGAGUGGAAGCGCGACAGGGGAGACCCACGUGCAAUCUGGGGUGACGAGUGGUAGGCAUGGGCCCUGGUACAAGGAAUGAAAUGGGACCCCUCCCCCCCCACCCCUCCCCGUGUUCUGUCUUUACGCGUCUCCAGCGGUUUCUGCCGAGACGUCUUGGUGCCACGCGAGGAGUUCGUGUGACACCAGCGGCGAUCGCAGCCACGCGGCUGCAGGGUUUUAACGCUGCUGCCCCUACCCAGUUGCAACAAUCGGCCGCCACCGCUCACCUGCCCCCCCCACCCCCCCCCCUCCUCCUUUCUCUGCGUGGCUCAGGCAGCACGAUAAAUGACAUCACUGAAGAGCAGGAAUUUCUCAGUUUUGGCUCCUCUCCAUCAAUGGAAUCAGUGGGGGAAAAAAAAACAUCACGGCUGCAAGAAGGCCGAUUUAGUCACGUGAUCUCAUGUACAGUACAGCUAUAUCCCUUUCAUGAAUACACUUUUGGGCUUGGGCCUCCUGUCGUAUGGGGAUCGUGGUGAGCAGACCAACGGGAGCAUAGAAGUACAGUACAGCAAUGUGUUCUGCUGCACUUCCCCUCUGUCGCCCAUAAUGUAGUCCUGCCGCCGAUAAUACCUUGUAUACAUACUUGGCAGUCACAUAUCCAUGGUCAACCCCGAUAGGUUUUGGAGAUCUGCCGUAUUCCAGACGAUUUGAUCAUAGGCAGGUCAAACCAAAUAUACCGUACACAAUAAUGAAACAACUUCCGAUGCAGUGGUACUUGCCACAAAUCUUAGAGGUACGUAAUUGUAAAAAAAAAAAACUGUGCACCAAUGCUGCAAUUACAAUUUCUGUAAAAGAAGGAAUAUAUGUAGUUUUGUGCAAUUAUGUUAUUGUUGAUGUUGCGGUUAAGUAAGCCAUAUUGCUGCUUGCUUUUAUGGCAAGUGCAGCGGAUGGGGUUCAUCGCAUGUAGAAGAUGGCCUGAAGCACAGCAAACCAAUGUUGCGUCAUGAAGAGACUUGUCAUCCAAACAGAUUAUAUAAAAAAGCCUAAUGGUUAUGCAGUUAUGUAGUGUGCAUUUAAAAAAAAAACACAUUUGCAAAGAUCCCCAAAGCUGCAACAUGCCAAGCAGGUCAGGCACGAUAGAUAACGGUCAAUAGGUGUACUGAAUUCAGGGGUCAGCGAAUUGGAGCCCAUGGAUGACCGAGGUUCACGAUGACAACGAUUAGUUUGAUGGGAUGGACAAUUGAUAAUGAUGACAAUGGGUGGAGCCCCCCCCCCAUGGAGACUGAACUUUGCCUUUCACUUGCGAGUCAGUCGCUGACCGGACACAGCCACCUGUAAAGUAAUAAAAUGAUGCCCGUGGGUUUAAUAAUG